AGCAUCACAUUAGCCUCCUCUCCUCAGGUAUCGCAACCCCCGAAUCCAUGCCAAGGACACGCCACAUGGCACUCAAGCUGAACAGCCUGUUAUUGGACAGGCCCAGGGGAAUGCAGAGGCCCAGGCUGUUAAAAGGUGGAAGCUACGAAGUUGUUCCCUCUCAUGUUAGGAAGACGAGGCAGAAGAAGACGCCAGAAGAAGUGAACCGACAAAGGUUAUAAUCUGCUACUCAUCACAUUCCUCAACAAAAUGGCCAGUUCGCUUUGCCUGGUCAUCCUUGUGAUGGCUUCAGUGAUGGUAGCAGGGGCCGAUACGUCAGCGUCACCCAUAAACUUACAGCGACUAUAUGCUAAGCCUACUAAGAAGCCUACUCAGGCUGCAGAAACAUCUUCUGCGCCACCUACCCGCCUGGGUGUCCGUUUCACCACCACCAUGGCCCCAAUUCCUUGGAGCAGCACUUUGCCUGAGGAGACCACAGAGUCCUUCACAGAUUCAUAUUCAUCUUCCACCGAGAGCAGCACCUACUCCAGCGAUGCCUAUUCACCUGACUACCACACAGAGACCAUGCUGCCACCCGGAAUGGGUCCACGGAACUACACUCUGGACUACAACGAGUGCUUCUUCAACUUCUGUGAGUGCUGUCCACCAGAGAGGGGCCCUCCAGGACCCAUCGGAGAGAAGGGGUCGCCAGGCCUUCUAGGACAGAAGGGAGAGAUGGGACCUCAGGGAGCAACAGGACCAGCAGGACUUCCUGGAUCUCCUGGAAUGCAGGGAGAAAAAGGAGAUGCAGGACAAGCAGGAGAGAAGGGCAUUCCAGGAAUACCAGGUUCUGCUGGCAAACCAGGAGAUAAAGGUGAACCAGGUCUUAAAGGAGACAAAGGGGAUGUUGGAUUGCCUGGAUUAAAAGGUGAACUAGGAAGCCGAGGGGAACCUGGCCAGAAUGGGAGCAAGGGGGAUAAGGGAGACAUUGGCCUGCAAGGACCAAUGGGACCUGCUGGACAAGAUGGCAUAAAAGGGUCAAAGGGUGAAAAAGGUGAAAUAGGGGAACGAGGAACGAUGGAAAAGGGUGAAAAGGGUAACAAGGGUGAAGCUGGGCCUCCAGGACCUAAAGGUGACAUGGGCAAGCCAGGCAUGAAUGGCACAGAUGGACCUCCUGGAGUAAUUGGCCAAAAAGGAGAUACAGGCCCUCAAGGUCCACAGGGAGACCCAGGUAAAAGAGGACCACCUGGACCACCAGGGCAAAGAGGCAUGCACGGCAUGAAAGGAAUGAGAGGUCUGAAAGGGGUACGUGGCCAAAGGGGAAUGAAGGGCUCAAAAGGAGAACCCUUUGUUCAGAAACGCUCAGCCUUUAGUGUCGGACUUUUCCCCAGCAGAUCCUUCCCUCCGCCUGGCCACCCGGUCAAAUUUGACAAAGUCAUCUACAACGAGGAAGGACACUGGGACCCCUACAUCAGCAAAUUUAACUGCACCUACGGAGGCAUCUACGUGUUUUCCUACUACAUCACAGUCCGCAGUCGUCCUUUACGGGCCGCCUUGGUUGUGAACGGGGUUCGCAAACUGCGCACCCGAGACUCCCUCUAUGGCCAGGACAUCGACCAAGCCUCCAACAUGGCACUGAUCCGACUGACCUCCGGGGACCAGGUGUGGCUGGAGACACUGCGGGACUGGAAUGGGAUUUAUUCCAGCAGCGAAGACGACAGUACCUUCUCUGGCUUCCUACUCUUUGCUGAUGCCACUAAGGAAUGACAACUGAGAAAACCCAAGAACAGACCUGUGCACCAGAAGCCAACUAUUGUACACAAGCCUCCCACCAAAGCCUAUACGCUUACUAACUGCAAAUGACCAGCUACUAAUUAACUCACACCUUCAGGGAUGGUUUUCCAGACACCCACAGAAUUUUCAUCUUAUAUGUAGAAUAGGAGUAGAAUUCAUGCAAUAGUGAACUGCAAUCGUUAUAGUAGUGGAAUGUGAAGGUGGUCAAACUGAAAAGUUAACUACUUAGUUGUCUCACACUUCCAGGGUCCCUGGUUCGCUUCUGAGCACAAGUAUGGAGCUUUGCAUGGUGUCUGCAUUUCCAGGGUUUCUUCCAGCCUCCCAAAAAACAUACCUGAGGUCAGAUUGCAUAAACUUGAUCCAUAGCAUGUAUUCAUGUGUUCAUUUUGCACUGUGGCAUCAGGGCGGUCUUUCCACUUAGUGUCUCGUGUUCCUGGGAUACCAUGAUUAGGGGAAUAAAUUAAAAUAUAAUCAUGUACUUUAAUUGUUUUAUGGAAUGUGUGAUUCUGUGUUUCACAGCAAAUCUUGGGUGUGUUUGAGAGUCUAGAGGUAUGUGCCUGGGAUCAAGUACAAUAUUUCAUUUUGGUUACUGUUGAAGACAUUUUCAUACAAUUAAGAAAGAAUGAUGGUGAUGAUGAUGUUAUAUAAUUUCUUAAAGGACAUUGAUGGCUUUACUUUUCACUGCGUGUUGCUACUGGAAAGAAAAGUCACGUCUGCAUGUGUCCUUUAUAUGUAUUUUCACUGUAAUGACUGCAUCUCAAUGUGACGGGAACUUCUCUCCACAGCAGCAUUGCUCAUAUACGAUA